UCCACUGACAUCAGAAAUCGACGCACACGCUUCUUUGUCCAAACAACACACCACACUCGCUGCGUUCCCCUAAAUCGAAGCCGGGUAUCUACAUUCUUGUCACCACUCACAACCAUCUCCAGAUUAACGCCGGAAAAGAAAACAAUGAACGUUGAUGGCGGAGAAACUAGCCGAUUCGCCACCACUAUCCACAUAACAGCCCUUGAUGGUAUCGUCAAUGUCAACUCCUUGUUCACGCUAGCGGUUUUCAUCGGGCUAGCUUGGCAACCUACCGACCCCCGUAAUAGCCUCGUCAAUGAUCCAAAUUGUGUAGCUGGUCAAAAGAUCGCCGAGAACCUUAUCUGCUUCCAUGUCUACUCCUUCAGCUCCUUCCUCUUCUCCAGCCUUGUAGCUUUGAGUCUCAAACAAGCCAUCCGGAUAGCCAAGAACUCGUGCGAGACUCGUCGGCUUAUGAUCUUCACUUUUGACAUGUGUCACAUUAACAGGAACGCUCUUCGAGUCGGGUACUUGAUUUCUGCAGCGGGUUCGGUUUGUGGGUGCGGAUUCUUAAUGAUGGCUCUUGUUAAUGUGGCUCAGAUCAAGCUUGGGACUUUGGCUUGUGGGAGUUCGCACACUUACGGUGCUGUGAUUCCUCUUGUGACUUUUGUUCCUUUGGGGCUUUUGAUUUAUGUUUUCUUUGUUUUGUUUGCUUUCACUCGUUAAAUCAUAUUAAUUUGAUAUUUGAAUGAUUAUAACUAUGUUUGAAUCUGAAUCUUUUUAGAUGUUUGUGUUGGGUGCUACGAGUCUUUUAGGCAAGAAAUCUUGGAGACCCAACUGAGAUCAUGCUUUGUCACCAUUACAACA